AUGUCUUGGCAAGGUCACCUCGUCGGCACCGGCAAUGUCGACAAGGCCGCCAUCUUCAACAACGAAGGCACCAGCGUCUGGGCGACGUCGGCCGGCUUCACCGUCAAGCCCGAGGAGAUGAAGGAGGUGGUGGCCGCAUACAACGACAAGUCAGACGUCAAGCAGGUCCAGAGCAGCGGUCUGCAUAUCGCCGGCGAGAAGUUUGUCGUGCUCAAGGCUGAUGAUCGGAGUGUCUAUGGCAAGAAGGGCCGGGAAGGCGUUGUCAUCGUCAAGACCACACAAGCCAUCCUCGUCGCACACUACCCCGAGUCCGUCCAGCCCGGCGCCGCCGCCAACACCGUCGAGCAACUCGCCGACUACCUUAUCAAGGUCGGCUACUAG